AUGCGAGCUUUCAGGAUAGAAUUGUCGCCUAAUAUCCGGUCUAUAUCGGGCAACCGACGGGAGCUUACAAAAGAAGAGAGGGCCUCUAUUAUUACGGGCCGAAAACUCGGGGUUAUACGAAAAGUUCUGGCAUACAAUUUCCGAUGCAGCGAAGCGACUAUUACCUGUACAGUUAAACGCUUCAACACCUACCAAACAGUUGAAUCCCUCCUUUGGAGUAGCCGGCCAGUAAAGCCUAUAGCUAUAGAAGUUAGAUAUAUUACUAGGCUGAUUAAACAAAGGCUGAUUAUCUGUUAG